UUUCAUUUCCUCUAUCUUGGCCACACGACCCAUCGAACAACAGCGACGGCGACGGCGACAGCGACGACAUUUGUUCUCUCUUUCCAUUGAUAACGGUAAAGGGUGAUUAGUUUGUUAAUCACCAAUAUCAGCGCACAGUCAAUGGAAUUACAACUGGAAGAAAAGUUAAACACACUUCAGCGUUUAGUUGAGCACGGCAGCUGGCUGUGUAAGUAAGGAAGUCGCUCCUCGCUAUUUAGCCACCAAUUCCAUUUAGAUCGGCUUCCAACAUGGUUAUACCAAAUGUGCUGAAAAAAACCACUUUAUCCCACCUGAUAAUUGCGAUAACAUUCUUCUCCUGCGGAUUCGGUUGCAAUAUCGCGCAAUGUCUGCUCAUGAUUUUUGUCAAGCCCUUUAGCCCAAGACUAUUCAGGAAGCUAUCGUACUAUCCCCUAUAUGCCUUCUAUUCACAGAUGGUAGUCCUGGCCGAGUGGUAUGGCGGCGGCAGGUUGCGCAUCUUUAUGGACAGCGAUGAUUUGAAGCUAGCUGGCAAGGAGAAUGGCGUAAUCCUGAUGAAUCACACCUAUGAAGUGGAUUGGCUUGUGCUUUGGAUGUUGCUCGAUAAACUGAAAAUGUUGGGCACUUCGAAAGCGUUUGCCAAGAAGCCAAUUAGGUAUUUGCCAGUGCUGGGCUGGGCCUGGUGGAUGGCGGAGUUUGUCUUCCUCAAUCGUGACUUUGAAAAGGAUAAGGCAAUUAUUGCCAAACAGUUGAAGAUAAUUUUCUCCUAUCCGGAUCCCGUUUGCUUGCUGCUCACAGCGGAGGGCACACGAUUCACUCCCGCCAAGCACGAGGUCUCCCUGAAAUUUGCCAAGGAGAAGGGCAUGACGCCGCUCAAGCAUCAUUUGAUACCACGCACAAGAGGAUUCACAUCCAGCCUGCCCACAUUGCGUGGCAUCUGCCCGGCUAUCUAUGAUAUGAAUUUGGCGUUCAAGCGGGAUUCCGAUGUGCCCAUAAAUCUAAAUUCUGUCUUGAACGGCGAGAAGCUGCAUCCGUAUAUCUUUGUCCGACGCUUCCCCGUGGACAAAAUCCCGACGGACGAGAAGGAAGCCGCUGCCUGGUUGCAGAAUCUUUAUGUGGAAAAGGAUCGCAUAAUCGACAGCUUCCACGAGACGGGCAGCUUCUUCAAGAACUCGGGCAUCAAGGAAGUGCCCAGCAUCCUCUACGAGCCCCGUCUCAUCAGCCUGAUCUGCUUCAGCUCUAUAGCCAUUGCGUCGAUUGGCUCCCUAAUCUAUUAUCUGAUCUUCUCUUUGCUGACUGCCAAUUGGUGUGGUGUCAUCAUUGUUGUAUCUGUUUUUGCAUUAUUUUCGGCGCUGCUGAGAAGAGCUAACAACAUUACGCAGAUCAGCAAAGGAUCCAGCUACGGCGUCGCGGAUGACAAAGCGAAAACCAAUUAAGUUUUAAGCUUGUUUUUUUUCAACGGGUAUUUAGGCGUUAUAUACAUGCAUUUGCAUGU